CGAUAGAGCAGAGAUAGGGAAUAGCACCAUCAACGAUGAUCUUCUUGAUGAUGAUGUUGUUGUUGUGAUGCUAUUGCUGACAGAUUCAGUUGACGGAUAUGCAGACACAGGCCUGUGAUCGGUGUCACAGACGCAAAACAAAAUGCGACAGGCGUGUUCCACGCUGCAGCUCCUGUGAAAAAGCAAACACCCCCUGUGUCCAUACGAACAAGCUCAAUCUACUGCCUUAUCCCCGGUCAUAUAUUAAUUCACUCGAGGCGACAAUUAAGCAAUUGGAUACGGAAAACAAAAAGCUAAACAACGAACUCAAGACAUUACGGUCGUCGCAAGCUCUGUCGCCGCACUCCACCCCGGCAUCUCCCAUCGCAGAUGAAAAUACAUUCCACUGUGAUGGUCGGCCACCGUCCAGCGAUAGUAAUGCGGCCACAACAGCGAGUGCGAUAUCCUCAGACGGCAUACAAUUGCCACCAAGCACCCCUGAAGAACGCCGUCAGCCCGGCUCCCGUGAUGAUGUCCAGUUAUUCAGUAUUGUCUAUAGCCUUGUUGCGGCUAAGAAUUUGCCAUCUCCCCAAAAGGCCCAAUUCCAACAGGAUGAGGAUUCGCUGAUGGCCUGCUCGUCGCUACUGACUCUUCCCAGUCGAGAAGAAGCUGCUCGCGUCAUUGAGGCAUAUUUCUACCAUUGGCAUCUGACAUUCCCCCUCCUAUGUAGAUCUCAGUUUCUCAAAACCGUAGAACGAAUAUAUUCAGAGGAGGAAUAUUACACCAAAAACCCAUUCGAAGCUUUUGUCUUCGAUAUGGUACUAGGAAUGGGGUCCGUCAAUUUUAAUAGGCCAGAUUGGUCAUCUAAUUCCCCUGAAAGGCACUAUAUACGUGCGAUAUCGAAACUCGACAAGGUACUUUCUAUGAAGGACCUACCGCCUCUUCAAGCUAUCAUAUUCCUGUGUCAAUAUUCGAUUUUUUGCUCUUUACAGGACACUAGUGCCAAUAUGUGGUACCUAGUAGGUAUCGCUGUACGGCUCUGCAUGGAAAUGGGGUUGCAUCGUCGAUCGAGACAGGAGGAAUCAGUAGCGCAGGGUCUUGAAGCUGGGAAAAUAUCCCUGGCGGUUGAGGUUAGGAAAAGAACAUUUUGGUGUCUGUAUAAUUUGGAUAGAAUCAUCAGUGUCACAUUAGGACGACCAGUCGCACUUCGUGACGAAGAUAUCGAUAUCACAUUACCCACAGCUUUUGAUAUUGAUAACCUCAGUCUGGAGGAAUUAACUCAAGAAGUAGUAGUUACGGAAAAUCUACAAAAGACUUCACCUUUUUUGCAUUUGAUUUCCAUUCGCCGACUUGCAGGGAAGAUUCUACAGAGCUUCCAUUGCACGACAAUGAACGUAAAAUUGUCACGCGAAGAAAGAUAUGAAAUUCAGCAAAGUUUAUAUCAAGAUCUACAAGCCUGGAGAGCUGAAAUUCCAAACAUAGAUAUUUUAUCACAAAUGGACGAACGAUCAACCUCCGGCUUCAGAUCGAUGUCAUGGUACGAAAUACCCUACCAUAACGCCUUAUUGCUUUUUUACCGGCCUUCUCCAUCAUUUCCACACACCAGACCACCAUGCGACAACGUCACUGAGGAUCCUCUCAUUACCCUAAAUAAUAUUCUCGCCUCGUCUACGUCAGCCAUCUAUCUAUAUUCUGAGCAGCAUCGAACUCGCCGUCUCAACUACUCAUGGAUAACUCUUCAUGCUGUUUUCAUUGCAGGCCUGUCCUAUGUUUAUAGCAUUAGCAGAAUUAUCAAGGAAACAAAACGUCGUGGCACAAGUUUCCCAGCCAAUUUGGAGUAUACCCAAAUCAUUGAUGUUACUCGUACCUGUUCGAAUGUCUUGGUCGCAAUUAAUGAGCGGUGGGCUACUGCCCGAGGCUCCGUCGAGAUUUUUAGUCAUCUGAGUAAUGCAAUCAUCCAAGAUGCGGUCAAGGCACAACUGAACGUCCAUAAACCAGGGCCAUCAUCAUCGCCUUCGAAUUACAAUGCUCAACGUUAUCAUACCCCGGUAAACGCUUCCGAUCCUAGUUUUGGAAGUGAGCAUAUCCAGCCCGCGGCGCAGUCAGGGCAAUCACAUCCUCAUCAUCAACAGGACACCCUUAUGGCCAAUUUCCCGAAUAGCUAUCUAGGUAUGAAAUUGCCGAUGGCUAACAACAAUAUAAUCUAUCCGUCAACUACGGAGUCCUUUCAAUCGUCAAUAGCUGAGAACGGCUUCCGCCAAUUCUAUAACAGUCUUCAUGGUGAAGUUCCUGGAAAUCUGCGUGAUCCGGGUUUGAUCCCAAGUGAAGUUGUAAUGGGGUUUUCCCAGGAUUGGUUUGCUGGUGAAAGUAUGUCAUCCGCUCAAAGUCCCGGUGCUAGGAUGGAUGCGACGGAUUUAUGGGAAAUAAUGGGCUUGGUUCCGUCAGCGAAUCAAUUUGAGUAAAUGCUAUGGUGACGCUCUUAUUGCUGUAUAAAAGAGAUGAUACCGGCUCUACAGCAUUGAAGAUACAAGAUUGAUAUGUCAUCCUAGGUGACAUAACCCUAAUCUUCACAGACCUGUAUAAAUCGAUGAAUCACUUCAUCGUCAGUUGGCAUCAUCGAAAUAUCAUUGAAGAUCAAUACAUCAUUAAAUAUCUCGUGAACUUGAGAUAGGG